CCUGGAUGGAGGCGGGUACUUUGCUGUCGGCAAUCACUCUGCUGUUUGACUCCUUUGUUCUCUCAGCUCAGCACUCAGGCAAAGAUAGGAGUCUAGAGUUUCGGCGAACGUUCAAGCCUCGCUGCUAAAAAUAAAAACUAAGAUGCCAAGGAGGGCUAAAAGUAGUCACCCCAAACCCAAACCCCCCAAACAGAAUUAUCAACACCCUGAAAGGAAGCACAAUCGUCGAUUCCGAACUCAACCUUCACCUCAUUCUCCCUAUCCUCCAUGUGCCCCACACCUUUACCCCUCCGGGCCAUAUCAUCCACCCUUCCAUUACCACCCUUACCCUUCUCCGAUUCAGUAUCAAGUACAUCCAAAUCGACCUUAUGCGGCACCCCUAUUGUACCCACAUUCCCACAUGCCUCGUCCCUACUUUCCUCCAGUUCACUAUCAUUCUGUGUCAAAAAAGAGGAAGCAUAUUGCAAAGCCCUCAACACAAAUGAACAAAACUAAGCAGAAGAUUGUCCAAUCUUCUUCGGCUCUAGGAGGUAAUUCAUUUGAUCCAUCACAUGCGAAGGUCUAUAUGGAGGAUAGCGCCUUGGACUUGACAUCACAUCAGAGUGGUCAAUCUUCUGCAGCUCAAGGAAGUAGUAAUACUCUCACAAUUUCAUCAAAUAUGCCUCCUCCGCAAUCUCUUCCUGCUAAGACUUUUUCAUAUGAUGAAUCAUUGGAAAGGGGUCCUACGAAGAAUCUCUUCUACUUGUCCAGGCCCAAGACUGGCCAAUAUUCUACAGCUCAAGAAAGUAAUUCUAUUUACACAAAUUCAUCAAACCUACCUCCUCUGCAAUCUGUCCCUGCUUUCAAGUCUUCUUUUUCUGGUAAUGAAGUACCUACCAAGAACCUUCGUAUGCAGUACCCCUUCAACUUGACCCAGCUCAAGAGCAGCCAAAGUAGUUCAUCUUUUGGAAGUAAUUUGAAAACAUGGUCCAAAUCACCUGCCCUCAACAAUAAGGAGACUUAUUGGGAUGAAUCUCACUCAGGGCACCAUAUGCAGGACAGUUCCUCCAAUUUUGUCACUCAUAAGGUAAGGCAAUAUGAUUCCACCCCAGGGAGUACUGAUGACGACAACUACCAGGAGUUGAUUAAACUGGCAAGAAAUAUUUCUGGACAAAACGCUGAGCCGCCUGUGUGUGAUACAGCUGAGAGGGGACCUUCCAGUUAUUCUGGGUGUCAGAGUGACCAAUCUUCCGCCGCUCAAGAAAGUUAUUCUUUUAACACAAUUUCAUCAAAUAUACCUUCUCUGCAAUCUGUACCUUCAAAGACUUCUUUAAGUUGUGGACCAUUCCAAAGCGAUAGUAUGAUGAAGCCCUUCAACUUGUCCACACUCAAGGCUGGCCAAUAUUUUGCAUCUCAAGGAAGUAAUUCUAUUAACAAAAAUCCAUCAAAUGUGCCUCCUCUGCAAUCUGACCCUGCUUCUAUGUUGUUCGAUCAUGAAGUACCUCCCAAUAAGGGUGCUACGGAGUAUGCCUCCAACUUCAACCAGCUUAAGGAGAGGAACCAAACUAGUUCAUCUUUUGGAAGUAAUUUGAAAACCCUGUCCAAAUCAUCUGCCCCCGAAAGUAAGGAAAGUCGGGAUGAAUCCCAUUCAGGGCACCAUAUGCAGGACAGUUCUUCCAAUUAUGUCACACCUAAGGGUGAUACUAAUACGAUGGAAAGAGGUUCCCACCACCCAUCGUCUUCUCCACCAUCUGAGACUGAGAACUCUUCUGUGCAAAAGAUUGAAUGAAGGCUUAGAGGAAACUAAAACAAACAAUCGUGACAAGUUUAACUCCAUGUUUUGUGGAAAUGGUGAUUCAGUCGCGAAUAAGGUAUUGCUCUCAGUCUUUCUUACAUAUAUGUGUACAAUGGGACCUAAGAUUCCGAAACUUGACAGAAAGAGUGAUAAUGCCCUAAAUGUCCGAGCUAUCAUGCUUGACAUUCUGAAGUAAUUCUCCUGCUUUUCUAUGAUCUGCUAUCUCUUUUCAUGGAUUAUAACUCAGCAUGUGAUUACUUAGCAUCUGUACUUGCUUUCUUCUCUAUAACCCAUUUUCAUUUUGGAGCAGCUUUGAUUCAUUCAAAAUACUUACAGAGUUUCCAACUGGCACAAUAAUACUUCUAAACCUGUGGUCUUUUU